GGUUGCUUAGCUAACAGUAUAAUAAAUAGAAUAUUCUUUGUCAAACAACAUGACAUUCGAGGCAGCGGACGAGGUAAAAAAGGACGUCACGUCCCCGCAUCGAACCAGUACUCCGUCGGACAGCGACGACGUCGAAAGUGAAGAAACAGAAUCGAGCGACGCAAUAUCGUCCACGAUUUCUGAAUCGGACUCGGAACGGGAAUCAGAACAAUUUGAUAAAAAUAAUAACAGAAGUCCUUCACCUAACACUGGAUUGCGAAACAGCUGGAAUUUUACCGAACGAUUUUGCUCUUUUACCAGGUCGGAUAACGUUUGGGAGCACGAUAUGGAGGCUCAAAGAUUACAUCAAGACUUCAAGAGAGGAGCUUCUAACACAAAAUGGGAUGGCGCUUCAGAUUCUGAUGAUGAACUAUAUGAUGUAUUCGACUCGGAUGAAGAAAAUUUGACAUUUUUAAAAAAUUCAGACUUGAACACAAGAUACGCAAAUGCCAACCAAAACAAUAAUAGUAAUCGAAAAAGGUUUAGAAAUAUGAGCUCAGGUCAUUCAGGAUUAUAUGACCCUGUGACAAACACCAACAACCACCAGUUUCGAAAUAAAUUUCGCUCGGUGCAGCUUUCAUCAAUAAGGGCUGGAAAAGGAAAAUACAUGGGAAAAGAUUUCAAACCCUACCAAGGAAGAAUGGUAUUAAAAGAUGGGUCGUCUAAUGUUAGAUAUAAGAGAUUUGGAAGACUGGACUGGAUGUCACGGUACUCAAAAGACAUUUACACAACAUUAAUCGACCUAAGUUUGCCUUGGGUUAUUCUCCUCACAGCGCUGGUUUAUGUUGGACAUUGGAUUAUUUUUGGAAUUAUUUAUUGGUUAUUCGCAUUCGCUCAUGAUGAUUACACAAAAAUCUUUGGGAUGGAUGCAAAUACUUCUGAUAUUAUAAGUCUCAAUUCUUCAACGCAAGAAACAAUUGUUGGAUUCAAUGACAAGCCUUGUGUAUCAGGAGUCUAUGACUUCGCCACUGCUUUUCUAUUUUCUAUGGAAUCUGAGACUACUAUAGGUUAUGGAUUCCGUACAAUCGGUACCUCUUGUAGAGGAGCAGUUGCUUGUCUUGUUAUCCAGUGUGUGUUGUCAGCCAUAUUUGAUACUUGGGUUAUUGGAAUGUGUUUUUCAAGAAUGGCAAGACCUGAUGCAAGAUGUAAAACUAUCCUAUACAGCAAAAACGCCGUAAUUUGUACAAGGGAUGGGAAAAAGUGCCUUUUGGUUCGAGUCGCAAACUUAAGGAAAAGUCUCUUGUUGAGCGUUUCGUGUCGAGCUCGAGUAAUUAUUAUGAGAGCCCCCCAGUGUAAGGAAGAAGAGGAAGACCACGAGUUCAUGCUGGAGCAGAAGGAAUUGAAAUUUUGUAAUGCAAACUUGGCCAUGUUGACCACUCCCCUGGAGUAUUGUCACGUCAUCGAUAAAGACAGUCCUUUAUAUUCUAUCCCGCCAAGAUACUUGGCAUCCGAAAAACAAAAUUGGUUUGAAGUUGUCGUGAUUUUAACAGGAAUGGUUGAGGCAACGGGCAUGACAGCAAAUGCUCAAACAUCAUAUUUAAGUACAGAGAUCAAUUACAAACACAGAUUUGCUCCUAUUGUGUCUCUUUCAACCAAAAGAGAUCGCUACGUUGUCGAUUUCUCAAAGUUCCAUGAUACCAUACCCGAGCCCCCGGAGGUGGCAAACUCCGCUAGACUCAAGAGAAAACAAGCUCGUCUAAUAAACGGAAAUUUUGAUGUUUUACAAGAAGAAAAGGAAGAAGAUAUAUUUGACAAUGAAAGUUAUGAUGGUUCAGUUUCCAAAUGUAAUUAUUGUGGUAGUAGAACAUAUGGAGACAACAAUAUGAAUGCAACAUGCGUGUGUGAAAAUUUAAAUAAAAAUGUGUAAAGUGUGAAAUAAAACCAGUUGAAACUUACACUUGUAAAGUUAUAAUUCAAGUCACAAAUAUGAAUUUUUAUAAAUUAUUUCCCGCGAGAAGAAUUUUAAAUGGAUAGAACUGCGACCUGUCGCUUGAAAAUAGUGUGCCCCAAAUUUUAUCAAAGUUUAACCCAAUCGAAAUAUACUUAUAUUUGUAUAUAGCAUGGUAAAAGAGAACAAAUGAAGAGGUCUGAAUAAGUACUAUCUUUCAUUGAUUCAUUUAUUGGUGAGAAUUUCUAAGCCUAAGAUAUUAAUAUUUUCUGGGUGCAAUUUUAUAUAAAUAUUGUUGCUAUAACAAAUAAGUUGGUUUGAUUAAAUAUUUAUAUAAAAUGAAUAUUUUAUAUUUUACUGUGCCUUUUAGAUAAGUUAACUUUUUUACGUGCAAAGUCAACCGUUGCUGCAUUGCCUCACUAUUUGAUAGUAUUGUAAUCAAUGUUCAACAGUCGGCAUUCAUAUGCUUUUACUCUACGUUUGAGAUUAUGACAUAAUUUGCAUUUAUUAAUUAUUGGUGAUAACUUGGCGCUCCUUUAAAAUAUUUUAUGCAAAUUUAGUUUAUGGAUACAUUUAUUUAUUUAUAUAAGGGAUCUUAUUACUUACUUAGAUCCAAUUUAUUUUUUAAUUCAUAAUUUGCCAAUAAGUUCUGUAAAUAAAUCAUUUGGUAUUCAUACUUUGCAUAUAAGUGUCCGAGAUAUAUAUAUGGGGGGUUGUAU